AUGGACGAUACCACACCAGACGUCCUUUUAGACAAGGCUGCAGAAUACAUUGAGAAACUCACUGAUCAAGUGUCACAACAGAAAGGCGAGAUAGAACGUCUAGAGCUGGUUGUAAGGGAGCAGAGCAUUCUGAUGGACAGCAUGGCUACACAGCUAAAGGAUAAUGAGAUUGCAGAAUCCAUGGAUGAAGGCACCUUCUCUAACCAGCAACAAAAGAUUUCCGAUUUGGAAACGGCAAUAGAGGUGAUGACGCUGGAUUUGGAGUCUCGCUCAAACAGUAUUGUUGCUUUGUUCUCCCAGGUAAGUCAUUUAAAUGCCUUCAUAACCAAGCUCCUCAACGCGUGUCUUACUGACCUGAACUCCGUGCAAAUCAUCGAGGACCUCCGACAGUUGUCUGUCAAGGCCAACCAACUCGAGGUGUCUAUCUUAGAGAUGGGACUGCCCUUAUCUGAGUGUACAGGACCAGCGAGCCAGGACCCUGCUGUCAGUGAGUCGGCUAUCCAUAUUCCUCUCAAGUCGGAGUGUACGCAAUCUCGCCCAAGCUCAGAGAAGGGUAGGCCAGAGGAUGACGAGCUAGAGUAUUACAAGAGGCGCUGUGCUGCGUUAGAGCACCAGGUGGAAACCCUGAGAGAGGCUUUACUCAGUCAGGAGGAGCUGUCUCGUCGCAUUGUAACAACAGCUCCUUCAAAUCAACGAUCAGCAUCUGUAUCAAUAAAAGGAGACGCCCUAUCGCCUUCAUUUCGUCAACUAGCGCUUCUUGAGAUGCUGCAGCUUGUCAACAAAGAACUUAGUAAAAGUCCCAAGGUCCACCUCAAUACUGCAUUCGAUCCCGAACUGUCUACAUCCCUGAAAUCAGUGGCACUGGGAACCCCUGCAACAGCUCAGCAGCUUCAUCACUUUCCCGAGACGUUUAUGUGCCUCAUGAGUGGAGUGUGA